AUGAAAGAUCUUACGACUUCCAAUCAUCGCGUGCGCCACGGAGCUGCCAGCAUCAUUGCCCUUGUUGUUAUCGUUGUAACGGUAUUGUCUAUGGUGUUUGGUAUUUUGGCCGACCGCGAAGCCAACCGUCCUAACAACUCGAUAAUCAAACAGCGCAAUGUUGCAGCUAUGGAGUGGGAGCACCCGGAAUUCCCCACAUUCUACAAGACCUGUAACGGGUCGCAUUUGGAAACGUUGAAGGAAGCCUUCGACGAAACUAUGAACGUCACAGCCGUCGCCAGAGGUCGUCUGAUGGCUUACGGAAGCAACGACCGCAUAUACAAGAGAUGGUUUGGAACCGGAAAUCUCUACACCGUCAUCGGUGUCUUGGAGGCGAUCGCCGAGAUUCCAAAAGAAGACGUUUUAUUCCGUUGCGACGACAUCGACGGUCUAUGCGCUGCCAACCCUAACUAUUAUGCUGGCCACCACAGAUUGAACGCGACCCAGGAAACUGUCAUCUGCGACUUUUUCUACGAAACUAAACUACCGGUCAACAAAAUGUGCUCCAACGGCUCGAUGACCUCUGUGUCGCCCUCCAAGUUCAUGGGUAUCGAUAUGAUUCAUCGUCUAUUCCACGUUCCCACGAUGAGCUUGGACGAAUACAUUGGCGAGUACACAGAAGAGAUGGACGAGGUUCUCGAGAUGGCAUCCAAUAACGCGACUUUUGCCGUUAAAAACGUCGACAGCUACCUAUACUACCUUUACGAGGUUUACAGCAAUAUUGUGAAGCCUGGUGGAUGUCUUGGAAAGUGA